GUGUUUUUUGUAUAAUGUCACUACUUCUGGGCGCUUGCAGGCGAUCCCAGAUUACCACUAUCUGUAAAUAUGGUUAUCUACGUGCGGGUGCCACAAAUCUCAGCUGGCAUGAGCGCCGGCAUGCCUCUACAGAAGCCGCAGCAGCAGCAACGGCAGCAUCGCAGCUGGCCAGUGCCGGCGGGCUGGUCGGCUUCUGGCAGACAUUGUCGAACAGCACACCUGUGGCUUACAUGCAGGAUGCCCUGACCCAAAUACAUGACUACAGCGGACUGCCGUGGUGGGCGGCUAUUGUGCUGUCCACGUUUUUGUUUCGCAGCGUCGUCACGUUGCCAUUGACUAUAUACCAGCACAAGAUAACGGCGCGAAUCGAGCAGAUUGCACUCGAAAUGCCGGCCAUAGUGGAGGAGCUGAAACGCGAGGCGGCUAUGGCCAAGCAAAAGUUCAAGUGGAGCGACAAGCAAACGCAAAUUGUCUACAGGCGUUCGAUCAAGAAGCAAUGGCAAAAUCUAAUAGUGCGUGAUAACUGUCAUCCCAUGAAGACGGUCAUUGUGCUCUGGGGUCAAAUACCGUUGUGGAUAUUCCAGUCUGUUGCCUUGCGUAAUUUGGUUUAUAUGCUGCCGGAUCCCACAACGCUGAAGGCACAAAUCAUAGCCACAGAGCUGACAAUUGGCGGCAUAGGCUGGAUACCAAAUCUUACUGUAGUAGAUAGUUCCUAUAUUCUGCCCGUCACACUGGGACUCAUCAAUCUGGCCAUCGUUGAGCUGCAGACCAUGACGCGCACGCGUGCGCCCACACGUCUACAGAGCAUAGCCAACAAUUGUUUCAGAGGUCUCAGCGUAUUGAUGGUGCCUGUGGCCUGCACGGUGCCGUCGGCGCUGUGCGUCUAUUGGGUGGCCUCAAGUAGUUUUGGUUUGGCGCAAAAUCUGCUGCUGCUCUCGCCGGAAAUGAGACGCGCCGUGGGCAUACCCAAAACGCCAACAGAGCUGGAGCAGCCGUAUGAUCAGCUGUGGCUUAAGAUACAAAAGCGCGCGCGACUCUUGGACGAGGCGCCUGAUGAUAAGCCGGCUACCAAGUAAGCCACUAGUCUUAUGUUGUAAGUAGUUUGCUUAACUGUCAGGUAAAUAGAGCCUGCCAUGAGGCUGAGUCCACACAAAUCCACAAAACUGUCCCAUUGUAAAUUAUCACAUCAUCCAUGGCGACUCAUCAUCGUUCUUAGAAAUAAAUUGUGUGAAACCCCCCACAACAUACAUAAGUGUAAA